AUGAGCAGCCACGUUCUUAUCAUUGGCGCUACCAGGGGUCUGGGCGCUUCCCUCCGAGAUCUAUACGCAUCCAAACACUUAACGCAGCAAGUCUUCGCAACGACUCGAUCUGGUGAAGGGCCAGCAGCACAACCCGGCGUUUCGUGGGUUCCCGGAAUUGACCUUACAAAGCCUGAUGUUGGACAAAAGCUUGUCUCACAACUCCCUGCGUCCCUCAAGCUUUCGACUGUGAUCAUCAAUGCGGGGUAUUUUGGAUUCGAGGACUUCGACACGCCAGAUUGGGACAAGGAGGUGCAAAUGUACACUACUUCCUCAAUUGCACCCGUCUUUAUUAUUCAGCAGCUCGUCAAGUCCGGCUUCUUAGUCAAGGGGAGCAAGGUUAUCCUGGUCAGUAGCGAGAGCGGCAGCAUCACCUUACGCCAUGAGAAGGAGGGAGGUGGGAACUAUGGCCACCAUGCGAGCAAAGCGGCGCUUAACAUGGUGGGGAAGCUCCUGAGUCUGGAUCUGAAACCGAAUGGCAUUGCCGUGGGUCUUGUCCAUCCGGGGUUCAUGCGGACGGAAAUGACCAAGAGUGUCGGAUUUGAUAAGUACUGGGAUGCUGGUGGAGCUGUUACACCCAAGGAAGCUGCCGAAUCACUCGCUGCUUUCAUUGACGACUUUGAUAUCACAAAGACUGGGCAAUACUGGGCGCCUCGGGGUCCUGCGGAUAUUGGGACUGCGGAGCCAGUCUUAGGGACCGACUUACCCACACCCUUGCAACUACCUUGGUAG